CUUUAUCGCGUGCAACCCGCGGUCCUGUGCAUAUGUAGGUUGGUUCUAUGAUACAGCUAGGAUUCGUCCAGGCCUUAUUGUUUAAGCGCCGAGAUGUAUUUCAGCUGGCCUCGCCGAGAUUGUGGGCUGAGGCUCGCUUACAUGGUAUAUCGUGAAAAGCCUCGAGCCUCGCUUCAUGUUCAGUACGUUAUAAUUUCCCCAAGUGUCUUUUCUACCUAAAUCGAGUCUCUCUGCGUUCUCUAGCACCGAAAAUGGCCUCUAACUCAUCCGAAUGGGUGUCAGAAAUCGAGGGGAAUUUCCCCAUAAACAAGGCUGUCUUGGAAGUUAUGCCCAGUGGUACUAAGAUUAUAUCUGCCGAGUCGAGUGGUAUAUCAGCCUGGACGAGAACAGCAAAGGUAUCGGUUAUACUUCCAGAUGGGAGCCCAAAGAGAUACUUCUUGAAGCGCGCUAUGGGUCAAGGCGCCCGUCCAUUAGUAGAGGGAGAAUUUCACUCUGCGAACGCUAUAAACGAUGUCAUAACUGGACUCGUACCAAAAGCAAUUGGAUGGGGUGAAUACCAAGACGGCGGAUCAACUGUCUACUUUUUUCUAGGAGACUUCCAUGAUAUGGAAUUCACCACAGCCCCAGAGCCCGGACUCUUCAUGUCUAAAAUAGCAGAGCUUCACCAGCGAGGUACAUCUCCAAAUGGGAUGUUUGGAUAUCCUGUUCCGACCGUAUGCGGCAAAAUGGAACGUACUGUAACCUGGGAGAAAAGCUGGGCGAAGUCUUUUACGCAUCAGCUCAAAGACGUCAUCAAAUACGACAACGACACGAAUGGCCCUUGGCCAGAAUAUGACGCUGCUUGUAAACAGCUUAUCGAUGUAGUCAUUCCUAGACUCUUAGGAGCUCUACAAUCCGAUGGCCGCGAGAUUACACCGGCCUUAAUACACGGCGACCUAUGGGAACGGAAUGUCGGAACCGAUAUGGAGACAGACGAGACAGUCUUAUUCGACCCCGGAUGCACAUAUGCCCAUAACGAAAUGGAGUUUGGAACCUGGCGGUGUACAUGGGCAUACUACUUCAACUCCCCUACUUAUAUGCGCAUGUAUCAGCGCCACAUUGAGCCCUCAGAGCCAACAGAAGAAUGGGACGACCGUAAUCGCCUCUACAGCAUCCAUCCAUAUCUGAAUGAUUCGGCCGGGCACCCAGGAAGUGCUUCAAGGAACAUAGCUUAUAACGAUAUGCUAUAUCUUUGCGAGAAAUACGGUCCUUUGGAUAGCCUCGAGAAAUAUAACCCGGAAAAAGAUGUCAAGGUCACAGGGGCUCUCAUACCCUUCGAGAUAAAACAGUUAGAAUGGGAAUAAAUACUGUAUAUUAUUGGCCUCAUUCUCCUGUUAGUUGGAAUUAUAGGAUACAUAUGUAUUAAAGGGCAAGAGAAGAAUGAUAGCGAGUAGUUUAGGUACCUACCUAGUUAUAGGAAAAGAAGAAGUUUAUUUCUAUUCGAAUUGAAAUCGCAGCUUGGUACCAUAGGAAUUGAAUGCGGUACUUUCUUCCA